AUGUCGACACCAUCAUCAGUUGUUAAUGAUUACUUGGGAAGUGAAGAUCCGACACAAGAAACAAGAGAUCUGAUUUCUUCUCUUCCAAGCGAGAAAGGCUGGUUAGUGAGUCACUUGUAUCAGUUUCAAGGACGUUGGCACACACAAGCUCUGUUACAAGGACUCUUGGAGUGUCAAAAACACUUUGAGGCUAAAGAUUCCGACAUUAUCCUCGUCACCAAUCCUAAAUCAGGUACCACUUGGUUAAAAGCUCUCGUCUUUUCUCUCCUUAACCGACACAAGUUUCCAGUUUCUUCUGGUAAUCAUCCUCUUCUUGAUACCAAUCCACACCUCCUCAUACCUUUCUUGGAAGGAGUAUACCACGAGUUUCCAGAUUUUGAUUUCCCCAAGUUGCCUUCUCCAAGACUCAUGAACACGCACAUACCGCUUCUUUCCCUGCCAGAGUCCGUUAAGAGCUCGUCUUGUAAGAUUGUGUAUUGUUGUAGGAACCCUAAGGACAUGUUUGUGUCCUUAUGGCAUUUUAGGAAGAAACUUGCUCCUGAAGAAACCGCUGAUUGUCCUAUUGAAAAAGCGAUUGAAGCGUUUUGUCAAGGAGAAGAAGAAGAGAGAGGAAUUGUGAAGUUGUGUAGUUUUGAGAGCUUAAGUAGUUCGGAAGUUAACAGAGAAGGGAAGUUGCCAAAUGGAAUGGAGACUAAAGCUUUCUUCAGAAAAGGAGAUGUUGGAGGAUGGGGAGAUACUUUGUAG